UACUGGUAUGAAGGAGAUGAAGCUGGAGAUCUGCCCGUGGAUUUCUCCAUCGUUUGGGACGGAGAUUUUCUCAUCGACAAACCGGCCUUCAUGAAAGCGCUGCUGUAUAAAUGUGAGGCGCAGCGCUCCAGCUGUGGGCAGUGCCUCAAGGCGCCCCCUGUCUUUGAAUGUGGGUGGUGCACAGAGAACAGGAAGUGCCUCCUGCGGCAGCACUGCUCCUCACCUGAGCAGAACUGGAUGCAUYAUGGCCGCCACAACCUGCGCUGCAGCCACCCACGCAUCACCAAGAUUGAUCCUCUGACCGGACCUCGGGAGGGCGGGACUCGGGUGACGAUCGAGGGGGAGAACCUGGGUCUGCAGGUGAAGGAGAUCGCUCACAUCCAGGUAGCCGGGGUCCGCUGCAACCCCGUCCUGUCGCAGUACGUCAGCGCUGAGAGGAUCGUGUGCGACAUGGCCGAGGCUCUCCUCCCACACUCUCCGGGUGGUCCCGUGGAGCUGUGCAUCGGUGUGUGCAGCGCCGAGUAUCGAACGCUCUCCACACAGACCUACUCCUUCGUUAGCCCCAGUUUCACGCGAGUUCGUCCAGUUAAGGGGCCAGUUUCCGGGGGAACCAGACUGACUGUGAUUGGUCGACACCUGGAUGCCGGCAGCGCCGUCACGGUCUUCAUCGAGAGGGAGGAGUGUCUGUUUGUGAAACGAACCAAUCGGGAGAUUGUCUGCAUCACCCCUGCCUCCAUGACAGGCACAGGCUCCGCCCCUAUCCGCCUGAUGAUUGACAGGGCCGAGGUGACCAACUCCGACAUCCAGUACACGUACACCGAGGACCCAACGGUCACCAGCAUCGACCCCAACUGGACCAUCCUGAAGUGUCUUCUCUGCUUGUCCUGAACUCCACCUCCUUCACUCACUACCCAAACCCAACCUUUGACCCUCUGGGGACCUCGGGGAUCCUGGAGGUGAAACCAGGCUCACCCAUCAUCCUGAAGGGUAAAAAUCUGAUCCCGUCAGCUCCUGGAAACACCCGUCUGAACUACACCGUCCUGAUUGGAGAGUCCCCCUGCCUGCUGACUGUGUCAGAGAACCAGCUGCUCUGUGAUUCGCCGGAUCUGACUGGAGAACAGCGAGUCAUGUCUCCAGCCAACGUGGAGAAAGCUCUGCGUCUCUUCAGCCAGCUUCUGAACAACAAGAUGUUCCUGCUGACCUUCAUCCACACRCUAGAGGCUCAGAGGUCCUUCUCCAUGAGGGACCGAGGGAACGUGGCCUCGCUGCUGAUGGCCGCCCURCAGGGUCGGAUGGAGUAUGCCACAGUGGUUCUGAAGCAGCUGCUAGCUGACCUGAUUGAGAAGAACCUGGAGAACAGGAACCAUCCCAAACUCCUGCUGAGGAGGACCGAGUCUGUUGCUGAGAAGAUGCUGACCAACUGGUUCACCUUCCUGCUGCACCGGUUCCUCAAGGAGUGCGCAGGUGAGCCACUCUUUAUGUUGUACUGCGCCAUAAAGCAGCAGAUGGAGAAAGGUCCGAUUGACGCCAUCACUGGAGAGGCUCGUUACUCCCUGAGUGAAGACAAACUCAUCCGCCAGCAGAUAGACUACAAACAGCUGACCUUGAUGUGUAUCCCUCCAGAGGGUGAAGCUGGGACCGAGGUCCCGGUGAAGGUUCUGAACUGUGACACGGUGACUCAGGUCAAAGACAAACUACUGGACGCGGUUUAUAAAGGGAUCCCGUUCUCACAGAGACCUCAGGCUGACGACAUGGACCUGGAGUGGAGACAGGGUCGACUCACCAGGAUCAUCCUGCAGGACGAAGACGUGACCACAAAGAUUGAGAGCGACUGGAAGAGACUGAACACUCUGGCCCACUAUCAGGUAACAGACGGGUCCGCCGUGGCGCUGGUCCAGAAGCAGGUCUCUGCCUACAACAUCGCCAACUCCUUCACCUUCACGCGCUCACUGAGCAGAUACGAGUCCUUACUGCGGACCUCCAGCAGUCCUGACAGCCUGCGGUCCAGAGCCCCCAUGAUUACCCCGGACCAGGAGACAGGAACAAAACUUUGGCAUCUGGUGAAAAAUCACGAGCACAGCGACCAGAGAGAAGGAGACCGAGGCAGCAAGAUGGUCUCUGAGAUCUACCUGACCAGACUGCUGGCCACCAAGGGGACACUGCAGAAGUUUGUAGAUGACCUGUUUGAGACCGUGUUCAGCACUGCCCACCGCGGCUCGGCGCUCCCGUUGGCUAUAAAAUACAUGUUUGACUUCUUGGACGAACAGGCUGACAAACGACAGAUCACUGACCCAGACGUCCGGCACACCUGGAAAAGCAACUGCCUUCCUCUCAGGUUCUGGGUCAACGUCAUUAAGAAUCCUCAGUUUGUGUUCGACAUCCAUAAGAGCAGCAUCACAGACGCCUGCCUGUCAGUUGUUGCUCAGACCUUCAUGGACUCCUGCUCCACGUCUGAACAUCGGCUCGGCAAAGACUCGCCGUCCAAUAAACUGCUGUACGCUAAAGACAUCCCCAACUACAAGAGCUGGGUGGAGAGAUACUACAGGGACAUCUCAAAGAUGACCAGCAUCAGUGAUCAGGAUAUGGACGCCUAUCUGGUGGAGCAGUCCCGACUCCACGGCACCGAGUUUAACACACUGAGCGCGCUCAAUGAGCUCUACUUCUACAUAAAUAAGUUCAAGGAAGAGAUCCUGACUGCUCUGGACCGGGACGGGUACUGUCGCAAACACAAACUGAGGCACAAACUGGAGCAGGCCAUCAACCUGAUGUCUGGGAGCAGCUGAGAGGAGACGGACUCAAGGACUGAAGGACUGGUGGGGGAUGGGGGACAGGGAGGAAGGGAGGUGGAGUUUUACUGAACUGCUCUGAUUUUGGACCGAACCGAGCCAGGCUGUUGUCUGGACAGGAACCAGUCUGGACCUGUGGACUGGGAACCCAACAGGCUGGCUGACCGGUUCUAACCCAGACCGCCUCCAUCCGGUGGAACCUUUUCUAAGAUACAGUUCCAGCAGGACUUCAGCGCUGGACGGAACCGUGUCCUGACCAAAACAAAAAGUUCUGUUUGUUCGUUUGGGUUGGACUUUAGGAGUGGAUUUAAUGUGAGGACGAACCGGGUCAACGUCUCACAGGUCAGGCUGAGGACCAAAUGUCCCGACUCCACUGUGAAAGGUCUGUUCUGGUCUGCAGGGUCAGGGUCUAAACACAGACUGGAUUUAUUAGUUCAGGUGGGGCCGAUCCAAGACUUUAAGGCCCUGUUUCUGAUGUCAUCACAUACUUUUGUCCUCACCUUCGUCCUGUUGUCUUAUCUGGACGGCUCUGGACUCAGGAUCCACCUGGAUCAGGAUUUGAGGCUUUGAGACGUUCGGUUCCUCCACUUUCAACGAGAUUAGAACGUUUUUUAAGCUUUAAUGGAAUAAAAGGACUGAACCCAGAACUGGAGGACUGGGUCAGGGUUCAGAGUCUUGAUCCAGGAGGRUUUGGACCACUGGAUCUUGGACUGUUGUCGGGAUCCAGAUGUUUCUGUUUUGAACCACUCAAAGUUUUUUCUCUGGACAAUCAGUUUUUACCACAGCACACUGAGCCCCAUGCCUACUGACCGACCAGAUCCUGUGUCCAUCAACCCUUAGACCCAGAACCUCAAGACCCAGAAACCCAGAACCUCAAGACCCAAACCCAAAAAUCCCAAAUCCAAAAACCCUUCCCCAUCCAUUUUUAGUUUCUAUUGUUUGGUUCCUCACAGGUCUGUGGGUCUGAUGGGUCAGUCCUACUGGUCUUGAGGACUCCUCACAGGUCUGUGGGUCUGAUGGGUCGGUCCUGCUGGUCUUGAGGACUCCUCACAGGUCUGUGGGUCUGAUGGGUCNGUCCUGCUGGUCUUGAGGACUCCUCACAGGUCUGUGGGUCUGAUGGGUCGGUCCUGCUGGUCUUGAGGACUCUUUACUGCCAGACCAAUAAAGACUGUGGAACUUAGCAGAU